AUGGCAUGGACAUACGCCGCUCAUGAUGCUGCUCUGCUCCUCCUCGGGCUCCUGUCCCAGGAUCUGCUGCCAGUCGAUGUCAUCAUUUUGCUGUUGUCGGCAUCACUCUCGCUCUCUCUCUCUCUCUGUGCGGUGCGCUGCUUCUGCUCUCUCUCGCUCUCGCUCUCUCUCUCUCUCUCUCUCUCGCUCUCUCUCCGGGCGGCUGGUCUGAUGGCAGAUCCCGUGAAUGUGUUGUUCCUGGUGGCACGGCUUGUGGGCGCGGGAGCUAUCCUAGCCGCCAUGUUUGGCAGCUUCACUGCCUACACACUGGCCGCUUACACCUUUGUGCUCAUCUACGGCGUACGCCUCUACCAACGUAUUGGAUUGCCCAGGUUCUCGACCGAGUAUCUUCACCAGAUCCUGCUGGAGGAUGCUGGCCAUUAUUUUAUUUACAGCUUGCUCUACCUCAGCACACCCGAGCCCCUGGCGCUCGUGCCCUUGGGCCUCUACGCCGUCCUGGCCGCGGCCAGCCAGCUAAUUAAAAUUUUCGGCAUCCUACGCACGAUUGCUGAGCUGGAAAGCGUUUACUUUAUUACAACAGUGUUGGGCGCCGUCUUCCGUUUGGAUGUGUCCAAGCUGUUCCGGUGCUUUGCCCUCAUGCAGUUUAUGCAGUUGCGUUACUUUUCGCGCCGUAAUCCUCACCCGCGCCAGUUUUGGGACCAGCUCGUCAUGCUGUUUGAUCAACUCUCGUACCAUCCCUACUGUCCGGGCGUGGUCCGCUCUCUGUAUCAACGCGUGCGCGGAUAUAUCCAGCGCAUGGCCGCCUCGGUUUGUUCGCUGCAAAUUCACCCUGGCGGCGGCGGCUGCUUCGCAUCACCCCAAGGUUCUCACCGCGUGCCUUGUGCUAUGACCUUUUCCCCCACCCUCACUCAGGCUCAGGCUCGCGCCUCGGCGCCAACCCAGCAGCAAUAA